ACUGAUCACAGUAACCGAUCUUUGUUUUACUCUUAGUCAUUUCAUAUCAACAAAAAUAUAAUGAGUUGUUAUUUUCUGAAACUAUUUUAUGCACUUUUGCUGCUUUUAUUGCAUGCUGCAGGAUCCAUUCUUGGAUUCAACAGCCUUCCCAAUAGCCCAGAAAUUAAGUGCAUUGAGAGUGAGAGACAAGCACUCCUCAACUUCACACAUGGCCUCAUAGAUGGCUAUGGCAUGCUCUCUACAUGGAGGGACGAUGACACUAACAGAGACUGUUGCAAAUGGAAAGGCAUUCAAUGCAACAAUCAAACUGGUCAUGUUGAGACGCUUCAUCUCUGUGGUCAGGCUACACAAUAUUUGAUAGGUGAAAUCAAUAUCUCUUCAUUGAUUUCCCUUGAAAAUAUUGAACACUUGGAUCUCAGCUAUAAUGAUUUUGAAGGGAGUCAUAUCCCAGAACUCAUGGGCUCGUUCACCAAUUUAAGAUAUCUCAAUCUCUCUGAUUCUUUAUUUGGUGGGAGUAUUCCUUCUGAUCUUGGAAAGCUUACACAUUUACUGUCUCUGGAUCUAGGUAACAAUUAUUUACUCCAAGGACAAAUUCCUUAUCAACUUGGAAAUCUUACACAUUUACAAUAUCUUGAUCUAAGUGGUAAUUAUCUCGAUGGGGAACUCCCAUAUCAACUUGGAAAUCUCUCACAGUUGAGGUAUCUUGAUCUUGGUUGGAAUUCAUUUUCGGGAGCACUCCCUUUCCAAGUUGGGAAUCUUCCUUUGUUGCACACUCUUGGACUUGGUGACAAUUUUGAUGUGAAAUCUAAGGAUGCAGAGUGGUUGACUAAUCUGUCUUCCUUGACAAAACUUAAGCUAAGUUCACUACACAACCUUUCCUCUUCUCAUCACUGGCAACAAAUGAUCAGCAAGCUUAUUCCAAACUUAAGAGAGUUGAGGCUAUUUGAUUGUUCUCUUUCAGAUACAAAUAUUCAAUCUCUGUUUUAUUCACCUUCCAACUUUUCCACUGCUCUUACCAUCCUGGAUCUUUCUUCAAAUAAGCUGACAUCCUCAACAUUUCAACUGUUGUCAAACUUUAGCCUUAAUCUUCAGGAGCUUUAUCUUGGUCAUAAUAACAUUGUUUUGUCAUCUCCUCUCUGCCCAAACUUUCCUUCUCUUGUGAUCCUUGAUCUUUCCUAUAAUAAUUUGACAUCAUCAGUCUUUCAAGGUGGUUUCAACUUCAGCUCAAAACUUCAAAAUCUUUAUUUGGGAAAUUGUAGUCUUACUGAUCGAAGUUUUCUUAUGUCAUCUUCUUUCAAUAUGAGUUCUUCAUCUUCUCUUGUUUCCCUUGAUCUCUCCUCAAAUCUGUUGAAAUCGUCAACUAUAUUUUACUGGCUCUUUAACUCCACUACCAAUCUUCAUAACCUCGUCCUUUAUAAUAACAUGUUAGAAGGUCCCAUUCCAGAUGGAUUUGGGAAAGUAAUGAACUCUCUUGAAGUUCUUGACCUCUCCGGUAACAAACUGCAAGGCGAGAUUCCAUCUUUCUUUGGUAAUAUGUGCGCAUUGCAGAGUUUAGACCUCUCAAAUAACAAGUUGAAAGGGGAAAUUUCUAGCUUCUUCCAAAAUUCUUCAUGGUGCAACAGAUACAUAUUUAAGGGGUUGGAUUUAUCUUAUAACCGGUUGACUGGCAUGUUACCUAAAAGCAUUGGAUUGCUAUCAGAGUUGGAGGAUCUUUACUUGGCUGGGAAUUCUUUGGAGGGUGACGUCACUGAAUCCCAUCUUUCUAAUUUUUCCAAAUUAGAAAUGUUGUCCCUAUCAGAGAACUCGUUGUCUCUGAAAUUGGUCCCGAGUUGGGUUCCUCCAUUCCAAUUAGAAUACUUGGUAAUCAGAUCUUGCAAGUUGGGCCCCACCUUUCCUAGUUGGCUCAAGACUCAAAGUUCUUUGAGUGUGCUUGAUAUUUCUGAUAACGGGAUUAAUGACUCUGUACCAGACUGGUUUUGGAAUAACUUGCAAUAUAUGAGAGAUUUAAAUAUGUCUUUCAAUUACCUCAUUGGUGUAAUUCCAAAUAUAUCAGUGAAGCUUCCUAUGAGACCGUCUAUAAUUCUGAAUUCAAAUCAGUUUGAGGGUAAAAUUCCGUCAUUUUUACUACAAGCUUCCGAGCUGAUUCUCUCUGAAAAUAAUUUUUCAGAUAUGUUUUCAUUCUUAUGUGACCAAAGCACAGCUGCAUAUUUGGCCACUUUAGAUGUAUCACACAAUCAAAUAAAGGGGCAACUCCCAGAUUGUUGGAAAUCAGUAAAGCAAUUAGUGUUUCUUGAUUUAAGCAGCAAUAAAUUGUCAGGGAAGAUUCCUAUGUCCAUGGGCGCUCUUGUUAAUAUGGAAGCCUUGGUUUUACGAAACAAUGGUUUAAUGGGUGAGUUGCCUUCUUCUUUGAAGAAUUGCAGCAGUUUAUUUAUGCUGGACCUGAGUGAAAAUAUGUUGUCGGGUCCAAUACCAUCAUGGAUUGGAGAAAGUAUGCAUCAAUUGAUAAUCUUGAACAUGCGAGGAAAUCACCUCUCAGGAAAUCUACCCAUUCAUCUCUGUUAUUUGAAGCGUAUUCAAUUGUUGGAUCUUUCAAGGAAUAACUUGUCAAGUGGAAUUCCAUCAUGCUUAAAGAAUUUGACUGCAAUGUCUGAACAGACCAUCAACUCAAGUGACACUAUGUCUCUUAUAUAUCGGAAUGGUAAUACUUACGUUGUAGUAAAUGGUGACAUAUUCGGAGGUUAUACGCUAGACAUAACAUGGAUGUGGAAAGGUGUGGAACGGGGGUUCAAGGAUCCAGAGUUGGAGCUCAAAAGCAUUGAUCUUUCUUGUAACAAUUUAAUGGGUGAAAUACCAAAAGAGGUCGGAUAUUUGCUUGGGUUAGUUUCUUUGAAUCUAUCAAGAAAUAAUUUGAGUGGAGAAAUUCCUUCUCAGAUUGGGAAUUUAGGUUCACUAGAAUCACUUGACUUGUCAAGAAAUCACAUCUCUGGGAGAAUUCCAUCUUCUCUUUCUGAAAUUGAUGAUUUGGGAAAAUUAGACUUGUCACACAACUCUCUUUCUGGAAGAAUCCCAUCAGGAAGACAUUUUGAAACCUUUGAAGCCUCUAGUUUUGAAGGAAAUAUUGAUCUUUGUGGUGAACAACUUAACAAAACUUGUCCUGGGGAUGGAGAUCAAACAACAGAAGAGGGUCAAGAACCACCAGUCAAAGGUGAUGAUUCUGUUUUCUAUGAGGGAUUAUACAUGAGCUUGGGGAUUGGAUACUUCACUGGAUUUUGGGGCUUAUUAGGGCCAUUACUACUGUGGCGUCCUUGGAGAAUUGCUUACAUCAGGUUUCUGAACAGAUUAACAGACUAUGUAUAUGUAUGGUUAUGGUGAAUGUGGGAAGUGUUGCUAAUCGCUCCAAGGCAAAAAGAUGUGCCGCACGCUUCUGAUCAGAGAAGAAAGCAUUGCUGGCUGCUACAAGUGCGAAAUAUUUCUUUAGUAUAGGAGUUUACAAUGUUUUGUAUUUAAGUAAUGAACUGCAAAAUCUUGUCUCCGGAAACUUGGUAUGAUAUUGUUGUAUUUUAUUGUAUAAUAUGUUAGUAAUGCUGUUUAUUUUUCAUUAAUGUGCUUACAUCUGUGAAAUCUAAAAUUUGACCACUUCAUAUUUCAUCUUCA